ACAUGUACAUCGUACAUCAGCGUGGCUCGACCAAACAUGAACCAUAAUUGCAUAAACCAUGAAAAUGACCUCUAUGCUACAGAGAUGUGUUAGAUGUACAUCUCUAUGCCUCGCAAGAUGUGAUAUUUGCACACUAAACAAUGGAGCCGCGGUGUCGUAGAUGCCUGGAUGAACUUGUAUGACAUCGAUUCUCAGCUUAUCUUACAUCUCAUCAUGAAUCUGGGAAAUAUCUGUACAAUAUCUGAAAAGGACCGCAAUUUCAAUAAAUCGCAAUGAUUCAUAAUGGUGUUUGAGAUUUUGAUUCAGUCGCUUUCUCUCCAGAGACUUCAGAAUUGUAUGCUUGGCGUUCUUGGAAUAUUCUUGUUAACGAUUAUCAGCUUAAAAAAUGAGAAGAACAUCUUUAUACCAAAUUUCAGAGUAAAUCUCCGUCCAGCUGUAAUUUACGGUUUUGAAGACGGUCGAAGAUUCAACAGAAGUUCCAUGCGGGAAAUUCAGCGGAAUGUUUCUGCUUACAUGAAGCGGUGGGAAGCAGUACAAGUUUUCCGAUCAGAUGUACCAUGGAGGAAAAUAACUGUUUCACGCACAGAAAAGGAACUUAAAGCUUGCAACCAAACACAUACCGUUUCAAAGCAAUAUCAAUGCGCCCUGGUCGGUAACUCAGGUAUCCUAUUGGACAGCAGAUGCGGUGACGUCAUCGACAGGUUCAAACUCGUCAUCCGUAUGAACCUAGCUCCUUUCGGAGGUGAAUUCAAACGUGACGUUGGUUCCAAAGUAGACUUAGAUACCUUCAACUUGAUCCAGCUUGAGCGGCUGUUAUCUUGUACGGACACCCGUUACCCACCUGAAGCGAAGUGCAAUAUCACGGACCAAGUUUGUCUAAAGAAGCGGGAAGAGAAGUACGGGACUCCCAGAGAGGCUAUCGAUUGCGAUGACCUGUUGGAUAGAUUAAAGCGAGCUAACGGAACGACUUUAUGGUACUUCAAAAAGAUUGGAAACAUUGCCGCCAUCAGGAGGUUGCUCGGUGUACUCAAACCAAAAUACAACAUUGACAUCCAUUUUGCUUACAGUCCAAGAAGCCUCAUGGGACCUGCAACAAAAGCAUUCGAAAUCGAAUUUCCGUCAUCCGGUCUGGCGGUCUACUCGGCCGCUACCCAGUUCUGUCACAAGAUAUACAUGUUCGGGUUCUAUCCGUUACCACGGGAUCCGAACAACCGGACCAUUCAGCACCAUUACUAUGAAGUGAUAGAUAUGAACCACACUGAGAAUGUGCAUAAAAUGCCAAGCGAAUACCAAGUCUUUCUUCGGUUAAACCGAACCGGGACAAUAGGUCUAAUCAACGACUGUAGAGGACUGUACUCCCAGAAUAACUGAUGGUAGAUUAUGCGAUUUAUGUCAAGAGUGUGUGUGGGGUGUGUUUAUCAUGUUUAUAUUUCAUUUUUAUUAUUAUUACUUUUUAAUUGCAUCGAAUUUGGCGAUUCCAUAGCCUUUUAUUUUCCUACUGUGGAAUUUCACGAGUGUUUGAUACCAACUAUGUGUAUAAGAGGAUAGAGUCACAAUUCUUGAUCAUAAAUAUCUAAAUUUUCCUUUUUUUCAUUCCCCCACUCCCUAGUGUUUUGAAAAGCGCCCUCAACGGUAUACAAUCGUGGUAAUGACUGAGGCAUGGUAGGAUUAGUAAUUCUGAAAAAUACCCCAACUGAUAAAGGAUGAUUUAUUUAGUACAGCCAUUCCGUGUGGAAUUAGGGAGUGUCUUUUUAUAUAUAUAUAUAUAUAUAUAUAUAUAUAUUUCUCGAGG